UUCUACAGUUUCUCUUAAAUUAGUUAUUUUAAACAUCACCACACUGCGAACCUUACGCCGAACCCUAACCUUAAAUUAAGGCCAAAAAGCAAAUUUUUGUUUUCAUGCAGUUUUACGAUAUUGACAAUUUUUACUUUGUGGCUGGGGUAACUAUAGUGAAAACCCUCUCCCAGGCCGACGCGCGUAGUCAAACGGAUCAUCAGAGAGCAGAGGGCUGGCGUCUCCUGGUAGUACAUCUAUCAGGUCUCGAGCACAUAAAGUCCAAAAGAGGGGGACUAAAGAAAAUAAAGAGAAAAGGGGCUCCCUUGCAGGAAGAAGGAAUCUCCCAUCGUUUUAAACCUGGUUCCAUUACCAGAGAGAACACACGCGGGUUUAGCGUUUUACCGAGACGGAUUAAUAAAACGCCAGACGGAUGUUCGCGAGGAGGGGUGGUCCGCUCUGAAGUUGGAGACUACUGCCUACCGAAUACGGAGAGAGGAGAGAAGCGCUUUUGUUUUUCCCGUGAAGGCUAGCGCCCCCCGGCCACAGCAUGAAGCUGCCGCCUUGUUUCAUGGCGCUCAUCGCGGCGCUGCUCGCUCACUCCGCGCUGGGGCAGGCCUGGGUUCCGUCUAUAGAUGAAGAAAGUUCUUCCAGAGAUGAGUUCUAUGAUGAUGAAGACCUCUUCUCAGGCUCCGGAUCUGGCUUUCCAGAGAUGAAGGUCAACCCUACAGCGGUGGGGGUAUCUUUACCUACGGAAGCGCCCCUCCCCUUCUCCACCACCCAGGCCACUGGCCCCGCCCCCUCGGCCCCACCUGUAGCCGAGCCCAGCCCUAAACUUGACAUCCUUCCUACCCCACUACCCACUGAGGGAGAAGGGGAGAGCGGGGUAGAGUGGGAGAGAGAACAAGAGAGGGAGAGAGAACAAGAGAGGGAGAGGGAACAAGAGAAGGAGAGGGAACAAGAGAAGGAGAGGGAACAAGAGAAGGAGAGGGAACAAGAGAAGGAGAGGGAACAAGAGAAGGAGAGGGAACAAGAGAAGGAGAGGGAACAAGAGAAGGAGAGGGUACAAGAGAAGGAGAGGGAACGAGAGAAGGAGAGGGAACAAGCGAGGGAGAGGGAACAAGAGAGGGAGAGGGAACAAUUGAAGGAGAGGAAACAAGAGAGGGAGAGGGAACAAUUGAAGGAGAGGGAACAAGAGAGCGAGAGGGAACAAGAGAGCGAGAGGGAACAAGAGAGCGAGAGGGAACGAGAGAGGGAGAGGGAACGAGAGAGGGAGAGGGAACGAGAGAGGGAGAGAGAACGAGAGAGGGAGAGAGAACGAGAGAGGGAGAGGGUGAGAGAACGAGAAAGAGAGAGGAUACGGGAAUUAGAGAGGGAACAAGAAAGAGAGAAGGCCGCCCAGACUACCAUCUCCCCCCGCAGCCCUGCAGCUCUUCCCAUGGCAACCACCAGUUUGGCGACUCCUUCGGCGGAGAGCGCAGCACCCUCUAGCGGCGUGGAAGACCUGGGCACCACAGAAGAAGAGGACGAGGAUGUUUACCUGUCCCCAGACCCCACCACCAGUUUACUUAUGGAGACCACCACAGAAGAAGAGGACGAGGAUGUUUACCUGUCCCCAGACCCCACCACCAGUUUACUUAUGGAGACCACCACAGAAGAAGAAGUGACCACUACUGCCACAGAGACAGAGACCACACCCAUCCCAGAGACAACAGCUCCACACACUACGACUGGCCCAGCCCCAACUGAGAGGUCUAGCUCUGCCCCCUUCAGGCCCAGGGUUCCUGUGACCUUGCCUACUAAAGCUGCACCCACAGAGAAGAGCACACGUCCCCAGCUACCCUCUACGACGAAUAAUGAGUUGGGGGUUAACGGACCCAGCGGAGACUUUGAGAUCCGUGAGGAGGACCAUCGCCAGGGCAACGAGGUUGUUGGGCGUGGCGUGGAGACGGGAGCGGAGCCUGAUCUGAUUGGCAACACGAUCAACACGGGAAGUUCUGCCGCUCAACUUCCUCAGAAGAACAUCCUGGAGAGGAAGGAGGUCCUGAUAGCGGUGAUAGUGGGGGGUGUGGUGGGGGCUCUGUUCGCAGCGUUCCUGGUCAUGCUGCUGGUGUACAGGAUGAAGAAGAAAGAUGAGGGCAGCUACACGCUGGAGGAACCCAAACAGGCUACCGUCACCUACCAGAACCCUGACAAACAGGCUACCGUCACCUACCAGAACCCUGACAAACAGGAGGAGUUCUAUGCAUGAGAGAGAGAGAGAGAGGUGUGUGUGUUUGUGUGAGAGAGAGAGAGAGAGACAGAGGGAGAGGGUUUACUCCACCUCCUGUCUUGUCGCCUCACCUUUCCUUCCCAUCUCUUCCUCCCUCUCCCCCGUGUCAUUUGUUGUUAAGAGUGCCUGUCUCCAUGGACUCCGAACUUUCUUUAAAAAAUUAAAAAAUAAAUGAACAAAAAUAUAUAAGCUGAAAAAAUAACCAUAAACACAUGAUACACAUAUUUGUUUUUUUAAGUAAAUGUUAUGAAUAUUAUACAAUUAUUGUUCUGAUGUAAUUCAUUAAUUUUCUUUUUUUGUUGUAAAAACACAAGCUCUUAUCCUGUGGUCCAGCACAAAACUCUGUCUGUUCCACUGAGCAAAUGAGACAAGAGAAAGAGGGAUGAGAGGAGAAGGAGGUAGGAGGGAGAGAGGUGUCAUCUGAUUGGCCACACAGAUACUGGGGUCAAAGGUUAGAGGAAAGCUCACUAUUGAAUUGCCUUCCACCGUCCUGGUGCGCACACACACACACACACACACACACACACACACACACACACACACACACACACACACACACACACACACACACACACACACACACACACACACACACACACACACACACCGUGUGUACAGUCGUGGCCAAAAGUUUUGAGAAUGACACAAAUAUUAAUUUCCACAAAGUUUGCUGCUUCAGUGUCUAGAUAUUUUUGUCAGCUGUUACUAUGGAAUACUGAAGGAUAAUUACAAGCAUUUCAUAAGUGUCAAAGGCUUUUAUUGACAAUUACAUGAAGUUGAUGCAAAGAGUCAAUAUUUGCAGUGUUGACCCUUCUUUUUCAAGACCUCUGCAAUCCGUCCUGGCAUGCUGUCAAUUAACUUCUGGGCCACAUCCUGACUGAUGGCAGCCCAUUCUUGCAUAAUCAAUGCUUGGAGUUUGUCAGAAUUUGUGGGUUUUUGAUUGUCCACCCGCCUCUUGAGGAUUGACCACAAGUUUUCAAAGGGAUUAAGGUCUGGGGAGUUUCCUGGCCAUGGACCCAAAAUAUUGAUGCCACUUAGUUAUCACUUUUGCCUUAUGGCAAGGUGCUCCAUCAUGCUGGAAAAGGCAUUGUUCGUCACCAAACUGUUCCUGGAUGGUUGGGAGAAGUUGCUCUCGGAGGAUGUGUUGGUACCAUUCUUUAUUCAUGGCUGUGUUCUUAGGCAGAAUUGUGAGUGAGUCCACUCCCUUGGCUGAGAAGCAACCCCACACAUGAAUGGUCUCAGGAUGCUUUACUGUUGGCAUGACACAGGACUGAUGGUAGCGCUCACCUUGUCUUCUCCGGACAAGCUUUUUUCCAGAUGCCCCAAACAAUCGGAAAGGGGAUUCAUCAGAGAAAAUGACUUUACCCCAGUCCUCAGCAGUCCAAUCCCUGUACCUUUUGCAGAAUAUCAGUCUGUCCCUGAUGUUUUUCCUGGAGAGAAGUGGCUUCUUUGCUGCCCUUCUUGACACCAGGCCAUCCUCCAAAAGUCUUCGCCUCACUGUGCGUGCAGAUGCACUCACACCUGCCUGCUGCCAUUCCUGAGCAAGCUCUGUACUGGUGGUGCCACGAUCCAGCAGCUGAAUCAACUUUAGGAGACGGUCCUGUCGCUUGCUGGACUUUCUUGGGCGCCCUGAAGCUUUCUUCACAACAAUUGAACCGCUCUCCUUGAAGUUCUUGAUGAUCCGAUAAAUGGUUGAUUUAGGUGCAAUCUUACUGGCUGCAAUAUCCUUGCCUGUGAAGCCCUUUUUGUGCAAAGCAAUGACGACAGCACGUGUUUCCUUGCAGGUAACCAUGUUUGACAGAGGAAGAACAAUGAUUCCAAGCACCACCCUCCUUUUGAAGCUUCCAGUCUGUUAUUCGAACUCAAUCAGCAUGACAGAGUGAUCUCCAGCCUUGUCCUCAUCAACACUCACACCUGUGUUAACAAGAGAAUCACUGACAUGAUGUCAGCUGGUCCUUUUGUGGCAGGGCUGAAAUGCAGUGGAAAUGUUUUUGGGGGAUUCAGUUCAUUUGCAAUUAAUUGCAAUUCACCUGAUCACUCUUCAUAACAUUCUGGAGUAUAUGCAAACUGAGGCAGCAGACUGUGAAAAUUAAUAUUUGUUUCAUUCUCAAAACUUUUGGCCACGACUGUACUGUGGUGAUGUGUAGUGCACGAUCACACACACACACACACACACACACACACACACACACACACACACACACACACACACACACACACACACACACACACACACACACACACACACACACACACACACACACACACACACACACACACACACACACACACAGCUUGGACCCCUCUCUCUGUGCUUGGUCAAUUGGAGUAGGGGAACCCUCCCACAAUGCUCUGACAACCUCGGGACAACGUUGUGGCAACAUUCACUGUUAGUUAGCAAAGGAUUCUAACCAGGGAUGUAGUGGUAAAUAAACCGCUGACGCCCGGUGGGGCGGCGAGUAACAUAAACAUCAGCUAAUGAUAAGAAUGACACUUGAGCAUAGUAGAUGUGUUAACACUGUUCACCAAGUAAAGGGGUGUUUAAACAAAGUAGAGGGGUGUUUAAACAAUAGUUUACACUGUUCACCAAGUAAAGGGGUGUUUAAACAAUAGUUUACACUGUUCACCAAGUAAAGGGGUGUUUAAACAAUAGUUUACACUGUUCACCAAGUAAAGGGGUGUUUAAACAAUAGUUUACACUGUUCACCAAGUAAAGGGGUGUUUAAACAAUAGUUUACACUGUUCACCAAUUAAAGGGGUGUUUAAACAAUAGUUUACACUGUUCACCAAGUAAAGGGGUGUUUAAACAACAGUUUAUGAGCGUUUACCCUCCUACAUCCCUGGGUCGUAUUCAUUAAGCAGCAAAUGAAGAAAACUAACGGAAACGGGGAGAGGUACUAUCUGGCCUUGUCCUGUAAGAAAUGCUCAUUUCCGUUUUCCAUUGCAAAACAUUUUCCAACAUUGUCCAUUGCGUGUCUUAAUGAAUAGGACCCUGGUGCUGUAUGCCAACACAGGGAUAGUGGCUAGUUAGUUGUCUGGUCUGCUCCUUUAUGCUGUACAAAAGUGAUAGUUCUAUGGAUAGUGAUAUUGAUAAUCAAUAAUAUGUCAAUGUUCCAGGCUGGAUGGUAAAUUAUAAUAUUGAUAAUACUCCAACGGGAGGACAUGUAUUUAGCAUUUUCAAAAGUUUAUAUGUAAAUAUCAUUGUCUGUCAUCGUCACUCUAACCACGAUCAGUGUUUCUAUAUCACGUCAGUCUGUGGUAUUAACCACGAUCAGUGUUUCUAUAUCACGUCAGUCUGUGGCGCUGUGCUCUCAACACACGCAAGCAUGCGCUCACACAAUUAAGCACAUACACACACACACACACACAAGCACGUGUUCACACGCUCGAACACAGACAUACACACACAAACAUACAUAUCACCUGCGCUUCAUUGACUAAAUAUACAUCAAUCAUAUCAUUAUCCUCAUCAGACAAGGUGGUUUCAGUACGUUAUUGAUAAGUCAUCAAUCCGUUUCAGGUUGGUUAGAGUUUGGUCCAUUGUGUAAAAGCAAAAUCGUGUAUCCAUCCAAUCACCUGCAUGCUCUUUCUUUCUCUUAUCCCAUUGGUUGUCUGUCUGGGGGUGGGCGGUUCUUUGUAACUGUGAGGGUGGGACUUACGAUGCUGAAAGUGACUCUUCAAGUAGAAGUUGUCCAUCGGUAAGUAUGAGGACAGGAGUUUGGCUGGGGGCUGUGGGUAGGUGUGGGACAGGAGUUUGGCUGGGGGCUGUGGGUAGGUGUGGGGACAGGAGUUUGGCUGGGGGCUGUGGGUAGGUGUGGGGACAGGAGUUGUGCUUUCUAUCUAAGAUUGUAACAAUAACCAACACAACAGUACGAUACCAUGCUAAUAAUACAACCAGGCUAAUAUCUUCUAAUAUACUGUAGAACAACUGCAUGGGAGUCAAACUAUACUAGUGUGUGUGUGUGAGGGGUGUUCUCUGAGAGGAAUGUACUGUGGGCAGGUGUGUAUUUUACCUGUUCCAGCAGUUCUGACGCUCUUCCAUAGUCAGGUAGUCACACCUGUAGCCGUGUGUGUGUGUGUAGGUCUCACCUGUUCACUGCUGAAUGUGGGGCUAGUCUGCUUUUUCACACAGUCUGUCUCUCUGUUUGUAUUAGGACUGACUGACACACACAUCAGUGUGUGUGUGUGUGUGUGUGUGUGUGUGUGUGUGUGUGUGUGUGUGUGUGUGUGUGUGUGUGUGUGUGUGUGUGUGUGUGUGUGUGUGUGUGUGUGUGUGUGUGUGUGUGUGUGUGCCAAGCCGUAUUCACGGUUACCCAUCCUGUUUUUAUACAUGUACAUUUCUUAAGGCUGAGUUUCUGUCAUUGACUGCUGGGUGCCGGGAGACGGACCUCCUCGCAACAGCCCUGCCACUCUGUUCCAAAUAAAAGACCUCAUUGGUUAA